AUGAACAAGUUGAAUAGGCUCUACGCCCUCACGUUGCGCAGAACUUUCCCAGGCACAAGAAGCAUUGCACUGGCACGAUACUUGCAUACGAGCAAUAAAAUGAGCAGCGAAUCGAACGACGUGAAAUGGAAUGACGCACUGACGCCCUUGCAACUGAUGGUGCUCAAGGAUAAGGCGACCGAAAGACCCAACACAGGCGCGUACCUGCACACCAAGGACUCCGGGGUCUACCAUUGUGCCAACUGUGACACACCUCUGUACUCGAGUAACGCCAAGUUCGAUGCUCGUUGUGGCUGGCCCGCAUUCUACGAAGAAGUCUCCCCUGGCGCCAUCACGUACCACCGCGACACCUCUCUGAUGCCUGCGAGGGUAGAGAUAUGCUGUGGGAAGUGUGGUGGGCACCUGGGGCAUGUGUUCGAAGGCGAAGGCUGGAAGCAGCUGCUGAACUUGCCCAAGGAUUCCAGACACUGCGUGAACAGUGCGUCUUUGAACCUUAAGAGGGAUUGA